UCGAACUUUAAAGUAGAAACAUUUCCUACUUUGAGAAAGGAAUAGUUAAUAUCAUCAUGAAGCUACUAGUUUUUGUGUUGGCCGUAUUAUGUGCUGUCACCUACACAAGCGCUGACUUGUCAGGAAAAACAUCAUCAUCGCAAUCGAUCGGAUCAGUUCUUUCAUCACAUGAACUGCGUUUUCCUCGCCAAACUAACCUACCCAACUUGCAAAUCGAGGAGCCAAAAAAAGGUUCAAUAACGUUUCAAGGAACGCAGCCUCUGAGUGGCUCACAACGUCAACCAACUUGGAAUCUCAACGCAAAUGCCAAUGUUUUUAACAAAGGUCGCACAACAGCGGAUGUUUACGGUGGAUUGAAUAAAGUACCUGGACAACGAGUACAGCCACACUUUGGUAUCCAAGCUGAAAAGGAUUUCGGCAAAAAUGGCUUCAUCAGAGGUCAUACUGAAUUUCAACAAGGUCCACGAGGUCAUAGAUUCUCUCCUUCAGUUGGUAUAACUGGUGGAUUCCGAUUCAGAAGAGAAGCCGAACCCCAAGGUUCAAUAACUUUCCAAGGAACGCAACCUCUGAGCGGUCCAAUGCGUCAACCUACCUGGGAUCUCAAUGCUAAUCGUAACAUCAUGAACAAUGGCCGCACAACCGCGGACGUUUACGGAGGAUUGAGUAAAGUACCUGGACAACGAGUGCAACCGCACAUCGGCAUCCAGGCUGAGAGGAAUUUUGGCAAUAAUGGUUUCAUCAGAGGUCAUGGUCAACUUCAGCCAGGUCCAAGAGGUCACGGUGUCUCUCCUUCAGUUGGUGUAACUGGUGGAUUCCGAUUCAGAAGAGAAGCCGAACCCCAAGGUUCAAUAACUUUCCAAGGAACGCAACCUCUGAGCGGUCCAAUGCGUCAACCUACCUGGGAUCUCAAUGCUAAUCGUAACAUCAUGAACAAUGGCCGCACAACCGCGGACGUUUACGGAGGAUUGAGUAAAGUACCUGGACAACGAGUGCAACCGCACAUCGGCAUCCAGGCUGAGAGGAAUUUUGGCAAUAAUGGUUUCAUCAGAGGUCAUGGUCAACUUCAGCCAGGUCCAAGAGGUCACGGUGUCUCUCCUUCAGUUGGUGUAACUGGUGGAUUCCGAUUCAGAAGAGAAGCCGAACCCCAAGGUUCAAUAACUUUCCAAGGAACGCAACCUCUGAGCGGUCCAAUGCGUCAACCUACCUGGGAUCUCAACGUUAACCGUAACAUCAUGAACAAUGGCCGCACAACCGCGGACGUUUACGGAGGAUUGAAUAAAGUACCUGGACAACGAGUGCAACCACACAUCGGCAUCCAGGCUGAGAGGAAUUUUGGCAAUAAUGGUUUCAUCAGAGGUCAUGGUCAACUUCAGCCAGGUCCAAGAGGUCACGGUGUCUCUCCUUCAGUUGGUGUAACUGGUGGAUUCCGAUUCAAAAGAGAAGUCGAAGAUACUGAUGAGAUAGAGUCCACCGAAGAGUAUUAAAAAAAUUUUGAGUUAACAUUUAAAUGACUUUUACAUACGAAUAUAUAGACAUUUAUGCAAAA